AUGCGGAAAAACGUAUCGGGCCAAGCUGCAUUCCCCGCUAGCCCUGAUUUGAAGAGGUGUUGGAACUGCCGUGCCUUGAAGAUUGCAUGCGACAAGACCGUACCAUUCUGCCAUAACUGCAGAGAUAAAGGGCGCAAGUGUUCAGGUUAUGGGACCAGGCUAUCAUGGCCGCGGCAAGGCGAUAGCAGGCGCUUCGCUCAUCCUAAAGGGAUCUACACGAUUCCCAUAAAGUCACGACCCCGGCACUUUAUUAACACCUCUGUCCAGGACAUGGAAGCGUUCGAGAGCAAAGGUUUGGCCCCUUACGACCCAGCAACGUUGAAUCGUAUCUGGUUCUCACAGCAGCCCCCAAACAUCGCGAGAUUGGACACCUUCCUCGCUGCUUAUGGCUACAGUUCCACUCCCCGCUUGGCCCCCUCCAGCCACGAUCCUAACGACCUCUGUAGCCUUCUCAUAAGGCUGUCACUCAAAGAUGACAGUUUUUCCUCCAUAGCGUCAAGAUGCGCUAUUAGCGCAUUAUCAUAUUAUUAUCUGGGGAUGGAGAUGGCAGCCGCUGUGAGCAAGACCAACGCCCUCCGAGCGCUGCAAGCCUCCAUCGAAGCUCCUGAGCUUUCACAGGCCAUGCAGAUGAUGGCUGCCAGCAUGCUAUUGUGCAUUUUCGAGACUCUCGAUUUCAACAGUUCAGACCUUAGUUGGACCAUAUUCUUCUGUGGUACAAAACGAAUUGCCAAUCUUGUGACCGAAAAAGACGACACCUACUUUGGCGAGAAAGCAUUACUCAUGGAUUGGAUCUUCUACCACGACGUCAUGUACAAGUUCAGCAUCCGGCAUUGGGAUAAUAAGAAUGCCGACCAGAUCGAGCUAGCAGGACAAAGGAAACUCAUCUCAAAGGCUGUGUUUGCGCCUGAGCGACUCACUGUCGUACCAAUCCUGGGCUGCUCACUAGAAUUGUUGGAUCUCAUCUGCCAGGUAAUCGAUGCCGUGUUGGAUCACAAUGAUGCCGGGUAUCAAUCCGAGUCGCACAUGGCAAUUAUUAAGUCCUUAGAGAUCCGGUUACAGAAUUUAGAGCAGCGGCACUCUGGCAUAUCCGAAAUUGAUUCAGGCAAGGCAGCUCACCAAGUUAGAGUCGCUGAAGUAUUCCGCUUAGCGACACUGAUAUAUCUUUUGCGACUGGCUAAAGGCGAGUCUAUGGGUCACAAGGCUUACAACCUGGCAGUAGCCAGUGCAUUUGAUGUCCUGGGACAAUGUGCGUUCUGUGAACGCCCAUGGCCAAUGUUCAUUAUUGGACUCGAAGCACGUACAGAUGAGCAGCGAUCGGUUAUUUUGACGGUCUUUAGAGAAUCUCUGCGGAGGCAACCGCACGGUACAAUGUCUCUUGCCGAUCGCAUGGUUCGUGACGCGUGGGCACAGCAAGAUCUUUGUAGGGAUGAGAUAGAUCAGUUGGUGUUGUAUGGCCGUGUUGUUAACAGGAAUCAUGUCCCACCUUGCUUCACAUAA